AUGAUCGAUGGAAGUUGCACGAGAAACGAGGAGAUUCGAAGGUACCGGUGCAUGCGUGGUCUCAUCAUCUUGGUCUCAGACUGCCCUCCAUACGACGCUGCCACAUUUGUCGGAUAUGCGUUAGCCGACCAGCUUGUUGAUACGCCUGUGCCAUCGUCGAAGCACCUACAAGUAGUCGGCAACUGCCUGAUCCGCCGGAUCCAGCAGGAUCUUGGCCUCUCCACCAAUCAGCGCCGCGGAUUUGUCCUGCCGUCCGGCGGGAACUGGAGUGGGACAUCCUGCCAAAACAGGUGGGAUGCCGGAACAUUCGGCAUCCUGCAGACUGCACAUCUCCCCGCAGGCAGGACGAGGGCCAACGAGCAAGCCACACAGUCGCUCAAAAGAGGCAGACGACAUUCGCCCGGCAAGGCUGCAAAUGUCGACAGAGACUUCACUGCGGCUAAUGAGAUGCUUGUGCGGCGAAGUAUCGCCGCACAAGCAUCCUGGUACUAUCGUACAGUAUGA